UUCUAUACUCGAUUAGAAAUAGAACUAGAAUACAAUAAUUGAGGGUGUAGUGAAUAAGAGAGUAUAGAUAGAUAUAUUUAGAAAGCAAGGUGGAGGUGAUGGUGAAAGCUCUUCUAUUAGUAGCGCUUCUUGCUGUUUCUGCUCUUGCAGCUGAAAAUGAGUUCGUGUGGACUUUGGACCAUACUAACUACUCUGAAAUUAUUUCCCAGCAAAAGAUGAUCGUUGUUCAGUUCUAUGCCCCAUGGUGUGGAUACUGCCAGCAACUUGCGCCAAAGUACGAACAAGCAGCUUCAGUGUUGAAUAGUCAUGAUCCUCCAAUUAUUCUUGCUAAAAUGGAUACAACAAUUCCAGAAAAUAUGCAACUUGCAAGAAAUUACACCAUUAAUGGUGUUCCAAGCAUUAAGAUCUUCCGUAAUGGUGGCAAGAAAGUUCAUGAUUAUAAAGGUACUCGUGAGACAGAGGGUAUAAUUGCCUAUUUGAAAAAACAUUGUGGUCCUGCAUCUCUUGAAAUCAAAUCGAAGGAAGAUGCUGCAAGCCUUAUUGAUGAGAAAAAGAUCGUUGUUGCUGGCAUAUUUCCAGAACUAUCUUUAGAGAAGAUCCUGAACUUCACUGCUUUAGCUGAAGAUUUACGAGUAGAUUACGAUUUUGUUCACACACUUGAUGCCAAACUCCUUCCUCGUGGUGGGCUGGUUGAUAAGCCAGCUAUUCGUCUAUUUAUGCCAUUUGAUGAACUCUAUGCUGAUUUCGAGGAUUUUCAACUUGAGGCAAUGCAGAAUUUCAUUGAAGAAACUAGUGUUCCAAUCAUGGCUAUUCUUGAUGAUAAUCCAGAAAACCAGCAAUUUGUUAACCACUUUUUGCAUAGUCCAGGAGACAAGGUAUUUCUAUUUCUGAACUUCAGCACUGAUCUUGAUGCUUUCAAGUCCAAAUACUAUGAUCUUGCAGUCAGCUACCAGGGAAAGGAAACAAACUUCCUCUUGGGAGAUGCAGAGACUGGUAAAAGAGCCCUUCAGUAUUUUGGAUUGGACACUGAUCAGGCACCUUUAAUCUUCGUACUUUCCAUGGAUGGCACAAAAUAUGUUCAGCGACAUGUACAACCCGAUAGCCUCGCAUCUUGGUUGAAGGAUUGUAAGGAUGGAAAGUUGAAGCCAUACUUGAAGUCACAGCCUAUUCCAGAAGUUAACAUUGAACCUGUGAAGGUGGUGGUUGCAGAGACUCUUGAGGAUAUGGUGUUCAAUUCGGGGAAAGAUGUACUGGUAGAGUUCUAUCGACUUGGGUGUAAAUAUUGUGAGGAGUUUGCUCCGGUCUUGGAUGAAAUUGCUCUCUCAUUUGAAAAAGACCCUGAUGUCCUAAUUGCUAAAAUUGAUGGAACGGAAAAUGAUAUACCUCGUGACGUAUUUGAAGUUGAAGGAUUCCCAACUUUAUACUUGAGAUCUGCAACGGGCAGUUUGUCACGGUUUGAGGGGAAUAGAACAAAAGAGGCCAUUAUUGAAUUUAUCCAGACAAACAGGGGUAGCCCUGCCUUUGAUUUAAGCGUAUCAGAAGAGGCACAAACAUAUCCAGUGAAGGAUGAGUUGUAAGGAGGUGUGCAGGCUUUCUUUUGUCUACUCAUGGAUACGAUGAAUUUUCGUUUCUUUUCUUUUUCUUUCACCUAUCAUCCAAUGUCACCUUCCCGCUUUUUAUUUUCUCUUAUUUACCUUUCUUCAUACCAAUAAGCUGCUUGUAUCUCACGCACUUGUCUCAAUUUAGUGCCUUCCUCAUUUUUA